UGCAUCACAUGUCAGUUCCUCGACUACUGACUGGAUCGCAACAAGAAAGAGGAUGACUAUCUGAAGAAGAAAAAACCAGCACAACCAACGAUCCACAAAGAACUCUACAUGCCUUGCUUUGCUUUACAUCCUAUGGAGCGUAUUACCCUCUUGGAACGGGAACUGGCAUGAACUGCCAAAAGGCAUGCAAGAAGUGCGACGAAGGACGACCAUGCGCACGAUGCAUCAAGUACGGUCUAACAGAGACCUGUGUUGACUCGACCCGCAAAGUACGCAAAAAGGGUGUCAAGCGUGGUCCUUACAAGCGCAGACCCCCACCCACGCAGAUCGGAUCGGCCUCAGCAGUGACGACGCCAACCAUGAGGAAUGCAGUACCAUCUGGAGUCGCAGGAUACAUGUCGGAGCCCGUGACGGCGCUCAACAGCCCGACGCAAUCACACAUGCUGCCAUUCACGAGCACAGCAGGUUCAGCAACGACGAUGGCCCACAUGCCAGCACCUCUCGAUUUUGGAUACGAUACCAGUGGAGGGCCUAGUUACUCGUUCCAUUCACAGCGGAUGGAGUCGAGCUAUGGGCCUUCUUCGUAUACGACUGGUUACCCUGGAUCAAGCAUAUAUGGUACCGCUUAUGGGAUGAAUGGAAGCAACAACGGCAGCAACGGCAAUCCCAACAGCAGCAGCGGUAACAUGUCCUAAAUGGAAACCCCAAGAGAAAUGGAAAUUUGGCAUGGCAUAUAUCAUCACCCCUUCACUUGUCCCCCCUCCUCCCCCCCUCCCUACCGCGUACAACAUCGUCUACAUAGUCUUUUCUAGUCUUGGUCUCUUUCUCUUUAUUUUUCUGGUUCGCUUUUUCUCUCUUCCCUUUUUCUCUUGCAUCGCAUACAAUAACAAUAGAGUCGUCGUUUUUCUUUUCUUCUCAUUUUGCAUGAACAACCCCCCACUACUACAACAGCACAAAUAACAAACAGCAU